AUGCCUUCUGCUGUGGCCUUCAACAAAGAGGGUCAGGCACCGCUGAUCGGUGAAGCAGCUAAAGAUCAGGCGCUGCUUUCCCCUGAGCAGACAUUGUCACAUGUGAAGCGUCUCAUUGGUCGCGACUACAAGGAUGCAGGCGUGCAGAGAGACAGCAAGAUGAUGCCCUUCAAGGUGGUUGCGGACACUGAUGGCAGCGCUGCAGUCAGUGUGACCAUCAAUGGUGAGGUAAAGAUCCUGAAGCCAGAGAAGACGCUUGCCCACUUAUGCCCAACUGUGGAAGAGAAGGAUCGUGCACAGAAGUAUUUGGGCAAAGAAGUCAAGCACGCUGCGCAAGCCCCGGGCCUCGUCCUUUGCAUACUGGUCAAGAGGGAGCAGUACUCUUUUGUUGAAAGUGACGAAGCUGGGCUGCGCGAUUUGGACACUUAUCCGACGGGUCGGCAGCUGAAGUCCCAUUGCAAUGCCUACGCAGACAGAUUUGAUCUGUUACCUUCGAUUCGUACCAGCACGGAGGUUAAGCUCUUACAGCGUCGGCCACAUGGUUGGCGAGUCCACUUUCAAAAUGGGUUUACGGGGAUUCAGGAGGAGGAUUUUGACUUUGUGGUCUUGGCUGUUGGCAAUUUUUCGGACAAGUUCAUUCCAGACAUCAGUGGUAGCGACGGGUUUGCUGGUAAGAUCCUGCACAGCUCUGAGCUCCAAGACGAAAAGCUUUUGCGUGGACGCCGCGUAGUCGUAGUUGGCUUCGGCAAGUCCGCUCUGGAUUGCUUUGCUCUGGCUGCGAAAGAAGCAGAAUUUGCAUCCUGGCAGCUGUGCCUGCUGGUGCGAAUGAUCGGGUAUGUUUUGCGCUGGCGCGUUUUCUUGUCCAGUGGCAAGCCUUGGGUCAAGUGGGAUAAGGGUGUUCCGAACGGACAGGCCAUCUUUCGGCAGACGAACACGCAUUGCGUCCGUGGACAGAUCUCAAGAAUGCAGCGGUGCAGCGUUGUCGUGGAAGAUUUCACCACGAAACAGAAGAAGGAGAUAUCUGCCGACGUGGUUGUGUUUGCCACGGGCUAUCAAGAGGCAUGGUCCAAGCUCUUUGAUGCCGAGACAGCUGCCACCUUGAAUCCUUGGAGUGACGGUCCGGACUUAUACAAGCUGAUCCUGCCGAUUGGAGAUGUGCCCAAUCUGGCUUUCCUGGGCCGCAUUCUCUCCACUUGCGACAUUGUUACUUCUUUCGUGCAAGCAGAAUGGUUAGCUUGCCUUCUGGCUGGCAAGUUCAUGUGGCCAUCUUCCUCGCAGAGGGCGAUGUUUUCCCGGAAGUACCGAGCAUGGCGCCUGACCUUUGCGCCAAAGGCAUCAUCCACGUUCCUGGCGACGCCAUCUGUUCAUUCAUAUUUUGAUGAGCUGAUCUCCGACAUUUGCGAGUGUUCAAGAGGAAUGCCUGCCUCUUGCCUGUCAAAGUUCCUGGAACAGUUCCUCCCUUUGCGGGCUGGCAGAUAUGCAAAGCUGCGGCAGAGGAUUGCAGUGGACACGGAGGCAAAGAGCUCCUCCCAAGUGGUCGCCCUCCGAAACUCGCCGGCUGCUCCAUCCAACGUGAUUCUGCGAAUCAUCAACGAGCCAACCGCAGCAGCUGUAGCGUACGGCUUUGCCGCUUGCUUCAAAGAGGUCAUGCUGGUUUUUGAUCUUGGUGGUGGUACCUGCGAUGUAUCGGUGCUUAAGACAGGCUCCGAUGGAGUGCUGCAGGUAUUGGCAACCAGUGGAGAUCCGCGGCUGGGCGGUGAGGAUUUUGAUCGCAGGGUGACCUUGCACCUGAAACUCAUCUGCAGCCACAGAUGGUUUACAUGGUUUGCACAUAGAUGCAUGCGAGUGUGA